ACACUCCAGCAGACUUCGAAAUUGAUCCAAUAGUACUUUUCAGGAUGACAGUGAUUAUUCUACUCCUGCUGGUACUUGCGUUUACUUUUUCUGAAGCGGAGGACAAUGGUAAGUCAGAGCUGUUCUCCGUGAUCAGCACCCCCCCUGAGAAGGGCCAGAGUGUUUUACCUGGCCAGAACCAGAGCACAAGGCUAGGGGCCAAAGACCCCUCUCUCCCCAUCAACGAGCUCCUGGAAAAGGGCAUCAAAGCCGGGGACUCCAAGUACGCCCUCCACCCCCUUCCCUCGGGGGUUUGGCCCAAGCACAGUGACCCUCGCCCCGGCCUCCAUAACAAGAGCAAAAAGGGCCCUAAAAAUGACCGCCUGAUUGAGCACAACAGCGAGAAGAACCGCGGUGAGGCGAGUCUAGUGCUUCCCAAAAUGCCACUGACCGCUGCCACCAACCGCACACAGAAAGUAAACGUGGACCCUCACCGGGACCCCCACACCAACUUCAACAACCCCCCACAGAGUGACCCGGACAGUCACCCCAACUCCAGAACCAGGGGCCACCCUCACUCGGCCCCCUCCCCUCGCAGGGACCCCUCAACCAGAAAGCUGGACCCGGAGGAGAACCGCCCUGGGGGGAAGUCCAGUCUGUACCAGUCCGGCGGCGCCGACCGGAAUAACAGCCGCUCAUCUGUGCUCAUCAACCGUCGCUCCUCCAGCCUGCUCUACCACUUCGACAUUCUGAAACGAGAGUCUGACUUCACUCACGAGGCCGUCUGCAUGAGUGAGUGCAGGAAGGAGAAGGAGGAGAGAGAGCACUACUGCUACAGUGAAUUUGCCAUCAAUGGGGUCGUUCACGACAUAGACGUGGUGCGUAAGGGGAUUAGACUCAUCACACUGAUGGUGAGCAGCGAUGGCUUCUACAAGAUGAGCCGUCUCUACGUCACUCCAGACAGCUUCUUUCUCAAAGUGCGUCUCCUUGUCCUGGACACCUACAAAUGUAGCAAGCCUUGUCCUGAUAUCAAACUAGGUAGCCGGUACAUUGUAAUGGGUCAGAUCUACCACCGGAGGCGCCACCUCCCCAACGACCUCCUGGCCCUGCUGGGGGGAAAACUGAAGCCAGGGGACGGCCUCCUGCGUAGCAACAACUACGUCAAGCGCUUCAACAAGAGGAGACACCAGAAAGCCCUGGAGGCCACCCGCUCCAAGUGUAGGUAAAACCAAAACAGACUAUCGCCCCCUGCAGUGGCGGAAAAGACAUUGCAGUCGUCAACAUGAAGUGACUGAGACCUAUAACCCCUACAGCAUUUCAGCAGAGACGUAGGUGGACGAGGCCAAUAUGUUGUUUUUUUCCGGCAUGGACCUCCUGCACCUGUUUGUCAUAAUCCAGGUUGCGUGGUAAUGUUUUUGCUUGUCUGUCUGUACAGUCUUUACCUUGUAGCUUUGCGUCCUCUUUGAUAGAAGACACAAGUGGAGUCUAUAUCAAAGGUUCUCGUCUUUCAACCUCUGCUUGAAGUAUUGCCCCAUCAGAUUUACUAAAUGUAUUUUUAAAAACCUUUUAACUAGGUAAGUCAGUUAGAACAAAUUAUUAUUUACUAUGACGGCAUACCCGGGCCAAACACGGACAACGCUUAUUAUUGUGAAUGAGCAUAGAGUUGGAUAGAGGGCACACUUAACAAAGACAAGCUCUCUAGUAUAUCUCUACUCUAGUCAUUUAUUAAGAUGUCAUAGUACUUAAAAUGAUAAUUUAUUCAUGUUUGGUACUUGAAUCGGUCAGAUCAGUGCCUCUCUCAAAUUGGUUUAAUUUACGAUUUAAAAAUUCUGCCAGUGAAGCCAGAGUUCUGGUUCAAUGGAAUAAUUCAGGUAGAGGACAUUUUCAUUGGCUAAUCUGUUGUAAAACAACUUUUCAUCUGAAUGUUUUGGUUGAACCGUGUCAACGCUUGAAGAUGGUGUCUGAGCAUGUGAAUGAAGCCCAUAUUUACCCUGAGGUAGGAAGACUGCCAACUCCAGCCCCACUAUACACACGAACACACCCGCACAUCUCCAAUUGGCUUAUUCCAAGUUAUCCUAAUCAUCCAUGGGAAAGACAAUCUGUUCAGAUCUAGUUGCACCCUGGUGCUUCUCCAAUGGCAAGAAUCCAAUCACAUUUCCCCUUUGGAACUUGGUAGGAAACUUUUUAAAGAACUUCCUACUGACUAAAUACACUAUCAGCAAACUCCUAUUUAUGCCUGUAAGAAAAGCUGUCACAUUUUCAUACUGUUUUGUGCCUGUCAUUUGAUUGCAGGAAAUGCACUUUUACUGUAUGUGAAAAAGAAGAGGAGGGGUAGGAUGAAAGACUGGAAAAGCAUCAACAACAAACCCCAGAGGAGGGAAAAGUUGAAAAGAGACUAAAAGAAACCUAUUUUUAUAAUAUUAAAGAUGUGUACAGUUUGAAAUAUCCAACGGAGAAAACAGACUUCAUAAGGGAACCUGGUGGUAUUAGUGAGUGUUUUUGAAAAUCUAAUCGCGGGAAUCUGAUCCCCAGCGCACCUGGACACAUGGUGUCAGAAAAGUGUGGCUCUCCUUGCCGGUUCUCUUUGGAGAUGGUGGGGUGAAAGCGAAUGCCACCUCUGGCCCUUAUUUGUUCAUGCACACACACAAAUGCAAACAUGCACACACAUCCGAUGGGGCAAAAGCUCAACGGAGGCAUUUGAGAGUGGCAAAGGGAAGGAGGGAAGGUGAAAAAGAAGGAAAAGGUUAUAGCGCCUUCAGAAAGUAUUCACACCCCUUGACUUUUACCACACUUUGUGUUACAAAGUGCGAUUAAAAUGGAUUUAAUUGUAAUUUUUGGUCAACUAUAUACACAAAAUACUCUAAUGUGGAAGAAAAAGUUGAACAUUUAUUACAAAUUUAUCAAAAAUAAAAUACUAAUAUCUUUAUUAGGUAAUUAUUCACCUCCCCAUAGACAAUACAUGCUAGAAACACCUUUGGAAGAUAUUACAGAGUCUUUGUAGGUAAGUCUCUAAGAGCUUUGCACACCUAGAUUGUACAAUAUUUGGCCAUUAUUCUUCAAGCUCUGUCAAGUUGGUUGUUGAUCAUUGCUAGAAAGGCAUUUUCAAGUCUUGCCAUAGUUUUCAAGCCAAUUUACGUCAAAACUGUAACUAGGUCACUUAGGAACAUUCAAUGUCGUCUUGAUAAGCAACUUCAGUGUAGAUUUGGCCUUGUGUUUUAGGUUAUUGUCCUGCUGAAAGGUGAAUUUGUCUCCCAGUGUCUGUUGGAAAGCAGACUGAACCAGUUUUUCUUCUAGGAUUUUGCCUGUGCUUAGCUGUACUCCAUUUCUUUUUAUCAUUAAAAAAACUCCUGAGUCCUUGCCGAUGACAAACACACCCAUAACAUGAUGCAGCCACCACCAUGCUUGAAAAUAUGAAGACUGGUACUCAGUGAUGUGUUGGAUUUAACCCAAACAUAACGCUUUCUAUUCAGGACAAAAAGUUUAAAUCAGCAAUGGCCUCAUGGUGAAAUCCUUGAAGUGUUCUUCCUCUCUUGCAACUGAGUUAGGAAGGACGCCUGAAUCUCUGUAGUGACUGGGUGUAUUGAUACACCAUCCAAAACCUAAUGAAUAACUUCCCCAUGCUCAAAGGGAUAUUAUUAUUUUAUCCAUCUACCAAUCGGUGGCCUUCUUUGAGAGACACUGAAAAACCUCCCUGGUCUUUGUGCUUGAAUCUGUGCUUGAAAUUAACUACUCGACUGGGGGACUUUACAGAUAAUUUUAUGUGUGAGGUACAGAGAUGAGGUAGUCAUUCAAAAAUCAUGUUAACCACUAUUAUUGAACACUGAAUGAGUCCAUGCAACUUAUUAUGUGACUUGUUAAGCACAUUUUUACUCCUGAACUUAUUUAAGCUUGCCAUAACAAAGGGGUUGAAUACUUAUUGACUCAAGACAUUUCAGCUUUUCAUUUUUUUGAUAAUUAAAAAAGUGUUCUACAAACAAAAUUCCACGUUUACAUUAUGGAGUACUGUGUGUAAAUCGGUGACAAAUCUCAAUAUAAUCCAUUUUAAAUGCAGGCUGUAACACAACAAAAUGUGGGAAAAGUCAAGGGAUGUGAAUAUUUCCUGAAGGCACUGUAUGUACAUACAUAGAGAGACCCUGGGAGAGAGUGAGAGACCCCGGGCUCUCUCCAUUCCUGAGGGAAAACUUUGAAUGGAUGAUAAGAUAGACAUCCAGGCCACAGACCUUUUGGUCUGGCCUGUCAUCUUUGACUAUCCUCAUACUUAAAAUGAGAGAAAAGCCAAAGGUUUGCACUGUGUGCACAUAUCUCAUCUCAUACUACAUGGAACUAAUAAAGAUGUAUUUGUUAUUUA